GUUUUAAGUCUUUCGUUUUUACUGAAGAGCAAAUAUCUUCGUUUAUUAACUACUAACUAGAUACUACCAACUAAUAUUUUUCGAAACGUUUUGUUACCUCAUACCUUUUUUUCUCUUCUAUUAAUAAAUAUUAACCAUGCAUUUAUUUUAGUCGUAACUAAUCAUAAAACGUGUUAGUUGUUAAAGUCACUAACAAUGUUUACUUUGAAGAAAUCGCUGGCCACAUUAGUUGGCCGCCGAUUGCGUUGGACUAGAUCGUUUCUGUCUGAGGCGUACGGGUGUGAUGACGUGUGGCAACAACGACUGGAUUGUUCAUUGCUGAGGAAAGUCGAACCUGAAGUGCUGUACCACAAGUUGUCGACUACAAUGGAACACGGGUCGAAGCAAAUCAGUGCUGUGGAUCUAGAUGUGUUCGCCAACUCGUUGACGGAUAAUUCAUACUUAGAUGAGUUAGAGGAACUCACACAUAAGUUUCGUUUAUCGGCUCAGACCGACACAAUGCUCCCAUCAACACAUCAUGCUGUUGUACGAUUGCUUUUAGCAUCAAAUUGUGUCAAAGAUCUUGUCAGGAUAUUAAAGGAUCGGCUCAAUUACGGAAUUUUCCCUGAUUACUAUCUGUGUAACUUACUAAUGGACCGUUUCAUUAAAGGCAACGAUAUUCGGAAUGCUAUAGUUAUUGUCUCCAACCAAAUGUUACAAGAAGAACUAGACAAUGAUAUUACCAAAGCCAUGGGAUUAUAUACCUGUUUGAAAUAUAUCACCAAUCCAACUGAAUGGGAAGAAGCAAAAAUAGAAACAGAAGAAACAAUUAAUAAUGAUGAUGACGAUGAAGAAGAUAGAAGAGUACGUGUAGACUUUUUAAGAAAUCCUUAUUUUGAUAAUCAUUUUGAUUUGACAGACAGUGAUCACUUGGUUGGAAAAACCAUGUUGGCAAUUAGCAGUAAAAUUGAUAAUACUAUACUGGGAAAUAGUUUUAAGACUCUUGGAUUAGCUUAUUAUAACCAAUGGAAUGAUUUUAGAAGUCAUAUUGAAAAACUUAACAGUUCUAUUUAUCCAGAAACAGUAGAGUUGGCAGUUACUGCAAUAGAUAAACGAGCACCCGAAAAUGCUGAGGAGCUAAAAGAUGCACUUGCGAAAUUACAAAUUGAAAACAAAAGUUUGACUGAUGAAACAAACAAUUUUGUAAAAGAGGCAGUAACCAAAAAUGAAGAAACAGAAAUACAGAAUCAAAAAAUAAUAUACAAACAAUGGGAAUCUUUCAGGAGAGAAGAGCUAUCUAGGUACCUUGAUCAUUUAAAUAAGUUGAAACGUUUACAAAAAGUUCAACAAGCCAAACAGGAUCUCAAAGAAAAAGAACAGUUGUUGUUCUUCUUUGAUAAUGAACACAAACAUGACUUAGUUAAAGAAGAAAAAUUGAAACGAAUGAAAAAGACAGUAAUUAAAGACAAAAGUCUUAAAGAUGAUUUAACAUAUGUACCGCCAGAAAUCAGAAAACCUGGUUUUAAACGAGAUUAAAUUAAACUAUAAAUUUUAUAAGUUAAGUUAAAAAUUACAUGGUUAUAGUAAUGAUGAAUAAAUAUUCACAUAUAAAUCUAC